GGCUGUGAGUGGGAGUCCCCCAGGAUUUGCGUGAUCUCAUCAGAGCUGCUUUGGGCUUGUAUUUCAGCGGAAGAGUCCCUGGCGUGUGACAACCCUGGCUUGCCCGAGAACGGUUACCAAAUCCUGUACAAGAGGCUCUACCUGCCAGGAGAGUCCCUCACCUUCAUGUGCUACGAAGGCUUUGAGCUCAUGGGCGAAGUGACCAUUCGAUGCAUCCUGGGACAGCCAUCCCACUGGAACGGGCCCCUGCCCGUUUGUAAAGUUAAUCAAGACAGCUUUGAACACGCAUUAGAAGUAGCAGAAGCAGCAGCCGAGACAUCGCUGGAAGGGGGAAAUAUGGCACUGGCUAUCUUCAUCCCAGUCCUCAUCAUCUCCUUACUGCUGGGAGGAGCCUACAUUUACAUCACCAGAUGUCGCUAUUACUCCAACCUCCGCCUGCCCCUGAUGUACUCCCAUCCUUACAGCCAGAUCACCGUGGAAACCGAGUUUGACAACCCCAUUUAUGAGACAGGGGAAACCAGGGAGUAUGAAGUUUCCAUUUAAGGACAGCUACUCCUGAGAAGGGAGCUCGCAGAUCGGAACUCAACUACAACCUCCUUGAGAAAUUCAUCCAGAGACCACAUGGCAUUUGAUUGAAACCCCAGAAUGUUGUCUGUCUUUUCUUUAGACUCUUUAUUGAAGAUUCACUGUUUUCUUCGCUGUAUUUAUUAUAUUUAAAAUUGAAAUAGGUGUGUUUGGAGGUGUCGCAGCUGCGGCCAAAUCCAUGUGACAAUCUCCUUUCCAAAGGCAGGCAGAUGACCUGCAAAAUGACCAACAUGGCAGCAAAGGGAAAAAAAAAAAAAGCAGCUGGGUUUCCCCAACAGCAGGGGCCAUCACCUGCAGCUCUUGCUGCAUCAAAUUGCACGCAUUUGGGAUCCAUGCCCUUGGUGCUUUUAGGACAAAUCCAAGCCCCAGGAUUAGGUUGGAAAGGGUAUCUCUUGAUGGAUUAACUUGGGUCGGACUUUAGCUUGAACAGGUCUGCUCCAAAACAAAUCCCGGGUCCGCUCUUCCAAAUGCUCUUAGCUUCUAGAAGGUCUCGCCACAUCCCCUCCCUCCCAUGAUCCUUCCGAAGGCGGCAAAGGUGUGACCAUGAGCAUUCUCAUCUGCCACCCUGGCCUCACUGGAUGCUGGUAGAAUCAAAAAAUGUUGUAGGGUAGAUGAGAGAUUUGAGAAUUCAGAGAGAGUGCGGGGGUGAGGGGGGGCAUUGAGUGAAGUUAGUAAAAUGUUCUUUCUUCUGACCCUCCACCAAGAAUGAAAGGGAAGGGAAUUUAUGCUGCAGGUGCAAGAACUGAUCCCUUUGUUCAGCAGGGCCCCCCUUAAGCUGUGACUGUAGAUGCCCAUGGGGAGCUUCCCCCACAUAGUUACAUGGUCCCUAUUUUGGUAGCUUGUCUAGGCAGCUCUGGAGCUAGGGUAGGGCAGUUGGUUUUGACAUACACAUUGCCUCCUCCUGGCUAGAAGCUUGGGCUUCAAUCUUGGGGGACCUGAGGCCCAAUAAUUUUCUUCUGCCAGAAAAGAAUCCUGCUUAUAUGCUCCUUAAGGCAUGCAUUCAUGACGCACAGCAAGAGAUAAUUCAAGGCUGCUUUCCAGCCACCCAAAACUCACCCCAUUUUAUGCAAAACAAAACAAAACAAAAACAAAAAACAACCAGAGGAGAAUUGUUCCAGACCAUUAGUAAGCAAUGUCAUAUUUGGAGAAGGUUCAACGAUGCAAAUAAUGUACCCUUUUUUUAAAAAGGCAGAAUCCAGUCUUUGCUUUUAUUUCCAUUUGAUGCUUAUUCUAACCCUAACCCUGGGUCACCUGGAAGGAAGAACUCUAUUAAUGAUAUUUAAUUUUAGAACAUACUGUGGUUACGUGCAAACUAAACAUUUGUCUUUUGUCGAGACUGACAAAAUAUGAAAUCUUUAUUCUAACCUGUUCCCUAAAAGUGGCCUAAGAAUCCUUAUUGGCUGUUGGAGGAAUAGAAAAGGUGUUGAUUUUUUUUUUUUUCAGGAUACCGUUGUCUUAUGUCUUUAGUAGCACAGCACCUAUGACCAUGUUUUAAAAGUUUAUUUUCACCUAGAGAUGGAUCGUGUGAGCUUGGCAAUGUCCAGUGUGAUUGGAAAGACAGGUUGGUGUCUGUUUUUCUUUUUAGAAUACCUGAAUGUGUAUUUGUAACAUGUAAAGGUAAAAACAUAAUAAUAGUGCCAAAAAUGUACUGGGCGUCUCAUUUCAGCUCAUACGUGUCUGUUUUUAUAAGAUCUAUGUCAAAACCCCUUGGGAUUAAAUAUUUUUGAACAGGAUACAAUCUUGAGCAACUCAAGAACCAACUGAACCUUCCUACAAGCCACUCUUUGUUUUUAAAACAGUGGGGAAAUACGUUUACAGAGAUUUCGAGCUUCAAAGAAUGCAUGUGAUGGUGUGUAUUACAUGCUAAUUCCUGUAAGCUGUAUCUGUCAGCUACUGCCCUGUGCUUUGAAAAUGCACACACUCGAUCCUUUUCAUCUUGGAGCUCCUCUUUUUGCUUUUUUUUGGGGGGGGGCGCUGGGGAGGAGUAGAAUUAUUUAGCCAACAUAAGUAUGCUGGUUGCAACUUGAGGGCCAUCCUACUUAGUUCCAUAGACAUGCUUUAAAUAUUUUUUGAAGCCAGCUCCGUGGAAAGCCUCCAGUAACUCAGGCUGAUAGCUUUGGAAACUGCAAAACUGCCCAGCAGGAAGCAAAGCGACGACAUAAUUAGGAUGGGUUGUAUAAGCAGAAGUGACUUGGCAAAUAUAUGGGUAGAUUAAGGCUGAGCAUAAGCCUUGGGCAAAAAUGACCUUUCUUUGGGGGUAAAUCCGAAGGGUAUGACUUUCCUAUGCCCUUGAGAAGUCAUGGGGGUGGGGGACGGGGCGGUCAUGCGAGGUCAGAUAUUAUGGAGUUGUCCAGCACCCUUAAAGGUAGGCUUUCUCCUGGGACGUUUUCAUUUUCAUUUUAUCCCCAAACAGAAUAAAAAGCAAAACAAACUUUCUAAGCUAGAAUAAUGAAGUUAAGUCAUUUUCCACUUUGUAUAUAUUGAUGCUAAUAAAACAAAUGAAAAAGAGGCAAA